CCACUGACUGCAGGCAUUAUUUUUGUUCUGGACCUUCAAGUCCAGUCCCUACCCCUGGUCCUGACUACCUCUCCCUUUGCUGCAUUCAUAGCUGCUGUGUUUUUCUGUUGCUCAUCCAUUUCAGAGCUAUUCCAAUUGCCGUUGUUCUUCUGGGCCCCGACAGUCCUGUUAUAUCUACAUUCAGAAGAGUGCGGCAAAAAAAAAAAUAAAUAAAUAAAAAAUAAAAAAUUAAAAGGCACUCAUGAUGUCUUUACCAUUCUAUCAAAGACACCACGACCAUUAUGACCGUGCAUAUCGCCAUAAAGCACUGCAGUCAGCUGUAAGCCAGUACCAAAAGGAAACAAAAAGCAAAUCUGCUGUCUAUGCUCAAGGAUCUACAGCUUAUGCUAGGGGCUCUGCAGCCUAUCGCCAUGCCUCUGCAGCAGACUUCAGCCUUGAGUCUUCAGCAGCAUACAGCCGUGGCUCUUCAGCCUAUGACCUUGAGUCAGCAGCCUACAGCUAUGGAUCUACAGCCUAUGAUCACUCUGCUGCACAAAGUAAAAGAUCUGCUGCCUAUAGUCUUGACUCUGAAGCUCUCAGCAAGAGCUCAGCUGCCUAUACUCAUGGAUCUGAAUCAAUCAACAAGCUGGCUGCAGCUUACCGGCUGGGAUCUGAAGCCUACAGUCUUGGACUGAAAGAUUACAAUUUAAUGAUUGAAGAUCAAUCCUAUAAGAUGAGUCCCAAAGCAAAGAGAGCAAAACAGCAUUUGAUAUCUGAGGACAAAGAAAAUGAAGCCAUAGACUACUCAGUGCCUAUAUUCACAGGACGUGAAGUGAGCGUCAGUGGGAUCACAGACACAGAAGAAGAAAGAAUUAAAGAGAGUGCUGCAUAUGUUGCCAGGAGGAACCUUUUUGCAACCGGUGAAGGAGUUAGUGUCAGCAAAGUGGCCAAGUCAACUUCUGAAGAGGAACGUCAUGAGAAAAAAUCAAGGAAAGUAGCAAUCCGGGAGUCUGCUGAACGUGUGGCCCUGAAGAAAACGCUAGAAGAUACUCAGGCAUUCCACAAAAAGCUGAAUCAAGACAAACUUUUACAUCCUCCUGAGUUUAUUAUUAAGCCUCGUUCUCACACUGUCUGGGAAAAGCAAAAUGUCAAAUUUCACUGUACGGUGGCUGGCUGGCCAGAACCCCGUGUUACAUGGUACAAAAACAACGUUCCCAUCAAUGUACAAACUCACCCUGGCAAGUAUACCAUCGAAAACCGAUAUGGGCUGCAUUCACUGGAGAUUAGCACGUGUGAUUUUGAUGACACUGCUCAGUACCGGGCAUCUGCUAUGAAUGUUAAAGGAGAAAUUUCAGCUUAUGCUUCCCUUGUGGUAAAGAGGUACAAAGGAGAACUUGAUGCAAGUCUUUUGCAUGCAGGGACUGUUUCCAUGCCCCUGAGCCUUGGUGUUACCCCGCAUGGAUAUGCUUCCAGGUUUGAAAUCAGCUUCGUUGACAAGUUUGAUGUAGCCUUUGGGAGGGAAGGAGAGACGAUGAGUCUGGGCUGCACAGUUGUCAUCAGUCCUGAUAUCAAGCGCUUCAAACCAGACAUCGAAUGGUACAGAAAUGGUGUUCUUAUUACACCAUCUAAAUGGGUCCAGAUGCACUGGACUGGGGAGCGAGCUUCAUUAACGCUGACUCAUGCAAACAAGGAAGACGAAGGUCUUUACACUCUACGUGUGGUGAUGGGAGAAUACUAUGAAGAGUACAGUGGUUAUGUCUUCGUUCGAGAUGCUGAUGCUGAAAUCCCAGGAGCCCCUGGCGCACCACUGGAUGUGCAGUGCUUAGAUGCCAACAAAGAUUAUGUCAUUGUUUCCUGGAAGCAGCCGGCUGUUGAUAGAGGAAACCCCAUCCUUGGAUACUUCAUUGACAGGUGUGAGGUUGGCACAACCCACUGGACCCAGUGCAAUGAGACUCCCGUGAAGUUCGCCCGUUUUCCUGUUACUGGUCUGAUUGAGGGCCGCUCCUACAUCUUCCGAGUCCGAGCGGUAAACAAAGCCGGCAUUAGCCUACCGUCCCGGGUGUCCGAGCCCGUGGCUGCCCUGGAUCCUGCUGACAGAGCCAGGCUUAGAAGUCACCCUUCCGCUCCCUGGACAGGACAGAUUAUUGUCACUGAGGAAGAACCUGCAGAGGGUGUUGUUCCUGGUCCACCUACAGACCUCCAGGUUAUUGAAGCCACAAAGAACUAUGUUGUGCUUAGCUGGAAACCUCCUGGACAGCGGGGCCAUGAGGGUAUCAUGUACUUUGUGGAAAAGUGCGUUGCUGGCACUGAGGAGUGGCAAAGGGUGAACACUGAGAUCCCUGUGAAGUCUCCUCGCUUUGCAGUUUUUGAUUUGGCUGAAGGCAAAUCCUACUGCUUCUGGGUUCGCUGUUGCAAUUCAGCUGGGAUUGGCGAGCCUUCAGAAGCAACUGAAGCCACUGUGGUGGACGACAAACUUGAUAUCCCCAAACCUCCUGGCCGUAUUAUGCCAACUAGGAAUACCGACACCUCCGUUGUUGUCACUUGGACAGAACCCCCAGAUGCCAAGGAGCUGGUUGGGUACUACAUUGAAUCAAGUGUGGUUGGAUCUGGUCAUUGGGAACCAUGCAACAACAAUCCAGUGAAAGGCACAAGAUUCAUUUGCCAUGGGCUCACCAAUGGCGAGAAGUACAUUUUCAGAGUCAGAGCUGUUAAUGCAGCUGGACUCAGUGAAUUUUCCCAGGAUUCAGAGCCUAUAGAGGUGCAAGCAGCCAUUGGGGGAGGACUGCUUCAUGGUGUGUGUCCUGAACUGAGUGGUAAAGCUGGCGGACUAACAGACUGCACUACCAGCUGGGAAGGCAUGCAUGAGUCCUCCCAGCCUAUAUUUGACACAGAUGCUUUGCUAAAAUGCAAUGCUAAAUUUAAUAGAGACCCGCUACCCAGUAGCUCUGACAAACUGGGCAGUACAGGAGAAAAUAACAUGAGAGAAAUGGUUAAGGACGCUGUCACAUCUGCACCACAAAAGGUUGCUGCUAAGCAGGCAACUGCUCCAUCUCCACCUUAUGACAUCACGGUACUUGAGAGUGUUCGUGACUCGAUGGCACUAGGAUGGAAACAACCCAAAGUCACCGGUGGAACUGAAAUUACCGGCUACUACGUGAACUAUCGUGAAGUGAUUGGUGGCGUCCCUGGGAAAUGGAUGGAGGCCAACAUUAAGGCCAUCAGUGAGAGGGCAUACAGGAUACAAAACCUGAAGGAAAACAUGGUGUACCAGUUCCAGGUGGCUGCAGCAAACCUGGCUGGGGUUGGGACACCCUCCCUACCCAGUCAGCCCUUCAAAUGUGAAGAAUGGACCAUUGCUGUACCUGGGCCACCUCAUGAUGUCACAUACACAGAAGUCAGGAAGGACUCUUUAGUGUUACUGUGGAAGGAACCAGUUUAUACUGGUCGUAGUCCUAUAGCUGGUUAUUACAUUGACAUGAAGGAAACUGAAGCAAAGGAGGAACAUUGGAGAAGUGUCAAUGAGAAGCCACUUCAAAAGAAAUUCUUGAAGAUUGGUGGCCUAACAGAAGGUGUGAGCUAUGUGUUCCGUGUGCGGGCAACAAACCAGGCUGGUGUUGGGAAACCAUCGGAUACCACUGAUCCUGUCGUAGCUGAGACACGACCAGGAACUAAGGAAGUGGUGGUCGAUGUGGAUGACAAUGGAGUAAUUUCCUUGAACUUUGAAUGUGAUCAGAUGUCUCCAAACUCUAAGUUUGUUUGGUCCAAGAAUUAUGAACCAAUUGAGGAUGACUCUCGACUGGACAUUGAUACCAAAGGCGGAAAGUCAAAAGCAACCUUUAAGGAUCUUGGAGAAGAUGACUUGGGAAUUUACUCUUGUGUUGUUACAGACACUGAUGGAGUUUCAUCAAGCUACACAAUUGAUGAAGAAGAAAUGAAACGUCUACUUGCUCUGAGCCAUGAACACAAAUUCCCAACUGUUCCACUUGUCUCUGAGCUGGCAGUGGAAAUUUUGGAAAAAGGAGAAGUGAGGUUCUGGUUGCAAGCAGAAAAACUGUCUGGCAAUGCAAAGGCCAACUUUGUAUUUAAUGAUAAGGAGAUUUUUAAUGGAGAGAAAUAUAAAAUGAAGGUGGAUCAGAAGACUGGCCUUGUUGAAAUGAUUAUGGAUAAACUUGAGGACAAGGAUGAAGGGACUUACACUUUCCAGCUGCAGGAUGGAAAAGCAACCAAUCAGUCCAGUCUGGUGCUCAUUGGUGAUGUAUUCAAGAAGCUGCAGGAUGAAGCAGAAUUCCAGAGGAAAGAGUGGCACAGAAAACAAGGUCCUCAUUUUGUGGAUAAGCUGGGAUGGGAAGUUACCGAUGACUGUAACGUGAUGUUGAAAUGUAAGGUGGCUAAUAUUAAGAAGGAAACACACAUUGUAUGGUACAAAGAUGACAGGGAGAUAAUGGUAGAUGAAGAACACGACUUUAAAGAUGGUGUGUGCACUCUGCUGAUAUCAGAGUUUUCUAAGAAAGACACUGGCACUUAUGAAGUCAUACUGAAGGACGACAGAGGAAAGGACACCAGUGAGCUAAAGCUUACGGACACAGCUUUUGCAGAUCUGAUGAAUGAAGUAUGCAGAAGGAUUGCUUUAUCUGCAACAGACCUGAAAAUCCAGAGCACAGCUGAGGGUAUCAGACUGUACUCCUUCGUCACCUAUUAUGUGGAGGAUCUGAGAGUAGGCUGGGUGCACAAUGACACCCAGAUUAGGUUUACAGACAGAGUGAAGACUGGUGUCACCGGGGAGCAGAUCUGGCUGCAGAUCAAUGAGCCAACUCCUCAAGACAAAGGCAAAUACACCAUGGAACUCUUUGAUGGUAAAACUGCACACAAAAAGACAGUGGAUCUUUCUGGACAAGCAUUUGAUGAAGCCUUUGCUGAGUUCCAGAGACUAAAGCAAGCUGCGAUUGCAGAGAAAAACCGUGCACGGGUGCUUGGAGGUUUGCCCGAUGUUGUCACCAUCCAGGAAGGCAAGGCACUCAAUCUGUCUUGCACUGUCUGGGGAGAUCCUACCCCAGAGGUCUCGUGGCUGAAGAAUGAAAAAUCAUUUGUAUCAGAUGCUAACUGCAUCCUGAAAUUUGAAUCUGGAAAGAACGUCAGCUUCACCAUUUCUGCUGUGUCCACACUCGACUCUGGGAAGUACAGCCUCGUGGUGAAGAACAAGUACGGCACAGAGACCAGUGAUGUCACUGUAAGUGUGUUCAUACCAGAGGAAGAGCAAGAAAAUAAGAAAGAAGAUAAGAAAAGCAAAGUGUGAAUUUCAGACUAGGAAACAGAAAUAUGGGGGAGAUUUUGGAUGACAAUGCUGACAUAAUGUGUGUGUGUAAAUGGCUUUCUGUUUUAGCAGGUAGCCUUGAAUUUUUCCAUUCACUUCACUUGUGUUUCUAAUGCCCUUAAUUGUGCCUGGGAAAAUAGUGCAUCUCCUAAGUGUUUCUCACUGCUAACUUCACAGAACCUAGUUGUGCCGUCCUCUCACCCAGGCCAAAUGCAUGCUGGCUGUAAGCACCGGUCUGCAAUUUGACCCUCUUCCUGGGGCACUUGACCAUACAACACAAAUGAGGAGGGUGAAAAAGGAUUUGAGUGGAGGCAACUGAUGAGGCAGAUGGAAAGAUAAAAAAAGAUCAAGGCAUUUCUCAGCUGCAGUUUAGAUUUGUUCCAACUUUGGUAAAGUAGCAUAGAUGGAAUGUGUUAGAGAAUUCAAACCUUGGAGAAGUUAGUGCUGGUUUUCGUCUACAUUAAGGCCCCUUUGUAUUGCUGUGUUACUUUAGAGAGGCCUUAAUAUGGGUGUAAUUUACAUCCAUAAAUAUUGUUUAAUCUGCCCAGUUGGGGUAAAAGUACUGUAAUAUAAAUGAAAAUUAAGACUUCGGAGGCUAGAAUACUACUGCUGUCUGCAUGUGUCCUAAAAUAUGAAUGAACUCUCCUCUAUGUUCACAAAUAAAUGGGAUUCACUUCUUUCAUUCUGUCA